AUGAUUAAAAAAACGUCUAUUGAUAGAAAAGCUAUUUAUGAUCUCUUCGGAAAUUUAGAUCUAAUAUUUGCCUAAGCAUUAUUAUAGACUUCUUUUCCUUUAAUGUAUGACAUUCCUAACUAAUCAUAAAUUGAGAAAAUUUUGAAUAAAGUAGAUGCCGAAUCUGUUUAGAAUUAAGGUAUAUGGACAGAAGCUCAGGAUUAAUAUUUAAAAAUAAUAGUCCUUGGCACUUGUUUGAAGACCAGAACACGACCAUUAGAUUUAGUAAUAAAUAAUGUCUAAUAAAUAUAGUCACCUUUAUAGUGGGAUUAAAUUUCUAGAAUAUUCAAAUUUCACAAUUGGAAGGCAUGCAGAAAUAGAUGGUUAAAUGAAAAACACAAAAAAAUUAACUGGAGUCCUUUAGAAGAUUAAGUGCUUGUGCAAUUGUAAUCAUUACAUCCAAACAAAUGGUGUGAAAUAGCUGUAGAAUUAAUGAAAAUUUGCUAAACACCAUAUGUCCGAUUAGGAAAAUAGUGUCGAGAUAGAUGGGUUAAUAAACUAGACCCUAAAAUACUUAAGUAUGACAAUUUUAAAUUUAAUAAAAGUAUACCAUGGUAUAAAGAAGAAGAAUUAAGAUUAUUUUAAGAAGUUAAGAAAAGAGGAAAACGAUGGGCAGAUAUAUCAGCUUAAGUAUUUAAAUUUAGAAGAACAGAAAAUACAAUCAAAAAUAGAUUUUACAAUUUAUUAAAAUAAGAGGAAAAUAGAUAGAGAUUAGGUAGAGUGCCUAAAGAAGAGAGAGAUAUUCUACUAAUUGAUUCAGUUAUUGAGACAUUGACGAGAGAUCUGUAUAAAUAUGAUAAAUCGACAAGCCAAAAUGAAGUUAAUAAAAAUUUUUAAUAUUUUGAAUUUGAUUCAUCAGACCUCAAUGAAAUAGUAAUAAUAAAACAAAAAAAAAUUGAAAAAUUAGAUAACCUAUGA